CCGGCGGAGGAUAGUGAGUGGAAGAGGGACAGAGAAGUGGGAGGACCGAAUGGGGAGAGACAGAGAGCGAAAUAGGUGCGAAAAUUUUGUAGUUGGCUGGAAAUUCCUAAAUUUCGAUUCGCAAAAAGUAAAUAUCAUCUGCCGCAAAGGAAACCUCGAUAAAUGUGCGAGUCCCGCGAGCAAAGAAUAGCCAACACCAGCUCUUGAAGCACUCCAGGUUAGAGAUAUCGCCGAACACCACAGUGCAUCAUAUCCGUGGUCGACAUGUUGACGCACAAAACUUGUCAGGCACGUAAGAAAAUGCAGGUUUCCUUUGUGAUACGGGAUGCCGAGGAGAAACAGCACCGGAAUGGCGUCAAUGCACUGCAGCUGGACGCCAAUAACGGAAAAUUGUACUCCGCCGGGCGUGACGCCAUUAUCCGGGUAUGGAACACACGUACAGAAUCCAGUGAAAAGUACAUACAGUCGAUGGAGCACCACAACGACUGGGUCAAUGACAUAGUGCUCUGUUGCAACGGGCGGAACUUAAUAAGCGCCAGCUGUGAUACCACGGUAAAGGUAUGGAACGCCCAGAAGGGCUUCUGCAUGUCCACCCUGCGCACACAUCGCGACUAUGUACAAGCCCUGGCCUACGCCAAGGAUCGGGAGCAGGUGGCUAGCGCCGGACUGGACAAAGCCAUCUUCCUGUGGGACGUGAACACACUAACUGCACUCACAGCCAGCAAUAACACGGUGACCACUUCUAGUCUGACAGGGUCCAAGGACUCCAUCUACAGCUUGGCCAUGAAUCCCUCGGGCACCGUUAUUGUGAGCGGAUCCACGGAAAAUAUACUGCGUAUCUGGGAUCCCCGAACCUGUAUGCGCAGCAUGAAACUCCGUGGCCACACGGAGAAUGUGCGUUGCCUGGUGGUAUCACCCGAUGGCAACCAAGUGGUUUCCGGCAGUUCCGACGGUACUAUCAAGGUGUGGAACCUGGGUCAGCAGCGCUGUGUUCAAACCAUCCAUGUUCAUAAGGAGGGUGUUUGGUCGCUGCUGAUGAGCGAGAACUUCCAAUACAUCAUCUCAGGCAGCCGUGAUCGCAACAUAAUUGUGACCGAGAUGCGGAAUCCCAGCAACAAGACCCUGGUUUGCGAGGAACAGGCGCCGGUCCUUAGUCUGGGCUAUAACAUCGACAAGACUGGGGUGUGGGCCACCACAUGGAACUCGGAUAUUCGAUGCUGGAAGCUGCCUAUGUACGACAGGUGCACGAUGAACUCUUCGGGCGGCAUGGAUGCUCAGUGGACACAGGGCGGAACUGAGGUGGCCUGCAUUAAAGGAGGGGCAGCCAUUAAGGAGUGUACGGUACUGAACGACAAGCGUUAUAUAAUAACCAAGGAUUCACAGGAUCAGGUCGUGGUUUACGACGUACUGAGAGUUGUCAAAAAAGAGCAAUUAGGGGCUGUUGACUACGAGGCGGAGGUAAAAAAGCGCAACAAGCAGGUUUACAUUCCAAACUGGUUCACUGUUGAUCUCAAAACCGGAAUGCCAACGAUUGUGCUGGGUCAGGAGGAAGUGGAUUGUUUCUCAGCGUGGGUAUCUAUUGAAGCUGGACUGCCGGAAUGUGUCGAUCCCACAACAGAGAUUAAGAUCAAUUAUGGAAAACUACUGUUAGAGGCCUUGCUCGAGUACUGGACACCACCGCAUAGCCUACCACCAAACGAAAUGGAACCCGACAUGCACGGCAACGGCUACUUCCAAGUGCCCAAACACACGCCAGUCAUCUUUAGCGAAGUGGGGGGGCGUACUGUUUGCCGACUUUUAGUUCGCGAUGCAGCCGGCGAUAGCGAGAGCACAUUGCUCCACGAGACGGCGCCACAGUGGGUGACCGAAGUGGUGAUCGAGAAGAACAUUCCCAAGUUCCUCAAAAUACCGUUCUUCCUACAGCCUCAUCCUCUAAUGACCAAGCCAGAGCGAACGAAGAAGGAUCGUCUGGUGGCUAAUGAAUUUAUCCAGUGUCGCAAGGUCUGCGAGCAUGUGCUGGAGAAGGUACUAAAUGCGGAGACUACUCCAAGUGGUGCCAACGCUAACAAUUCCCUGCAGAAUAGCCAGAGUGAUGCGAAUUCGGAGGGAUCGCAAUUGCCAGCAGAGGAGCGAAUUGAACUGUGGUGCAAUGAUGUGGUUGUGGACCCCAACAUGGACCUGCGUACAGUACGUCACUUUAUAUGGAAACAGUCUACCGAUCUUACGUUUCAGUACAAAACCAAGCAGAAUUUCAACUACGAUGGUUCGAUUGGGGAUAGCCUGGAACGCGUGGCUCGCAAGUAUUGAACGUUGGCAUGUGAUCUCCCGCCUAACCGAAACAGUAACGAUGCAUUGACGAAUGAGAUCGAGAUUAAGCAGAUCGAUUAACAAUUUGUAUGUAUUUAUGCAAUGUAUUUUGGUUAACCUUUGUCUCGUCUCGUCCCGUGGACAAAAACAUUCAAGGAGAAUCUGUACGAACAUUUACUUUACACAUUUAAAAGUGCACCCGAGUGCUUCUGUUUGUUUACAACUCGUUAGGAUUAUAUAUGUACUUCAGAUUCAGACUUAUAACAAUUAAGCUUGCGACACACACGUAGAUAAGCAUUGCAAGGGAAUAACUACAGACAUACCAUUAAAAUGUAUUUGCAUCUGAAGCAUCCAGACCUAGAGGACUGCUCAUAUAUGUAUGUAAUAUUCACACUUGUUUCACAUUAGGUUUAUACAUAAUUAUAUACAUAGAACAUAAGUAUAAGUAAUCUGUUAAAAAUACAAAAAAUCAAUGCAAAGGCCGUAGUCCAACCUGUAAAACGCUAUAUGCAAGCCAAUUUGUACAUAAGUAAUAAGUGAAUAACGAAAACCAGGAUGAAAAUCAAUUAAAGUUAUUAAAUUAUUUGGAAAUCAA